CUGAUGUAGGUGUUCGUCUAGUGGAUGGCAAGACUCAUGAACGAGGGACGUGUAGAAGUAAGAUACAAAGGUACUUGGGGUACCAUAUGCAAUCAUGGAUGGGACAUAUACGCUGCUGACGUGGUGUGUAACAUGUUGAAUUACUCCAAGGCAGUUACAGCAACAACUGCUAGCGUCAAAGGAACUGGUCAAAUAUGGCUUAAAGGUCUCCUUUGCACAGGAUCCCAAGAAUCUAUUGAUCAGUGUCUUCAUGCUGGCUGGGGUAACACUGUUGGAUGUGAUCAUAGGCGUGAUGCUGGAGUGGUAUGUGGCAAUCUAACACAAGAGGAGAAAGCGAUCAAAGUUCGUCUGGUUGGAGAUCAAAACCAUACUGGCAAAGUAGAAAUUCUGUAUCAAGGGACCUGGGGAGUAGUGUGUGAUGUUUGGUGGUGGGAUAUACGAGAUGCUCACGUGAUCUGCAGAAUGCUUGGUUACGAGGCAGCUGAACAUUUAAUUCGGUACAUUGAAGGAGAGAUACCAAGAAGAACGCUCUUAAAAUAUAUGGCAUGCAGGGGUAGAGAAAAGUCGAUAGCAGAGUGUGCUCACCUAGAAUGGUGGAAUGUUUAUUUAUUUUGCUCAAACAAACGCCUAGCUGGUGUGGUUUGUCAGACAAAUGAAGAUCCUCCACCAGUUCAAGUUCGUUUAGCUGGAGGAAGGUCAGUCAAUUCUGGUCGACUUGAAGUCAGGUACCAYGGUCAGUGGGGUACUGUAUGUAAUGAUGGAUGGGACAUGAAAGACGCUGAGGUGGUGUGUCGUAUGCUUGGUUACCCGGGAGUAAAGGAACACCUAACUACAGACUUUACAACCGUCAAGGGUAUAAUAUGGCUGAGAAACGUCGGGUGUACAGGAAGAGAAACGUCGAUUACAGACUGCAGGCACAAUGGAUGGGGUAAU